AUGAGUAAAAAAAGUUUAAAGAUUAUUACUCUUGGAGACAGUUAUGUAGGCAAAACAUCUGUAUUUAAUAAUUUUGUUACUGGAAAAUAUGAAAUUAAUGAGUGCACAGUUUCACCAUCUUUUUAUUCAAAGACCCUAACCAUUGAAAAUGAACCUGUCAUUUUAAAUGUUUGGGAUACCUGUAGUCAAGAACGUUUUAAUGGCCUAAGCCCAAUUUAUUAUCGUUGGUCAAAUUGUUAUACACUUUGUUUUGAUAUUCACAAUGAAAAAUCAUUUAAAAAUCUUGAUAAAUGGAUGGACGAAGCUAGAAAGUUCUGUAUUGGAAAAGUUCCAUUUGUUUUAAUAGGUACAAAAAAAGAUAUUCCAAGAACUGAUAAAUCAAUAUCAAAAGAAAGAAUUGAACAAUGGUGUAAAAAUAUUGAAGAUCAAGGAAUUAUUGAUAGAGUUCAUUAUUUUGAAACAUCUGCAAAGUUUUCUCAAAAUAUUACAGAAUCAUAUAAUGCUGCUCUUAAAUUAGCUUUGGAACAUUAUAAUAAAAAUCAAAAACCACCAAUAACCACACCUGCAAUUGAUUCACUUCAAGAAGUAAAACCUGGAUAUUGUUGUUAG